GAGCUCACCCUUGCCGCCGGGAAGCGACCGGCGCUGUGUGGAGCUACGGUGCCCGACGCGGCCCCGGGGCGGAGCUCACUCUUGCCGCCGCCGCCAUGGGCUGGGAGGAGAAGCAGGUCCGCGGGUACGCCGAGUUCGUGCGGACGGCGCAGAGCUACCACGGCCGGCCCAUCUUCGCGCUCUUCUGCGGCGACAAGGACGCCGAGGGCAGGAGCUGGUGCCCGGACUGCGUGACGGCUGAACCAGUUGUAAGGAAAGAGCUUCAUAACAUGCCUGAUGGAUCUGUAUUCAUCUACUGCCUAGUAGGAGACAGAGCCUACUGGAAAGAUCCCAACAAUGAAUUCAGGAAGAAUCUGAAACUAACAGGAGUGCCUACACUACUUAAAUACGGAACACCUCAGAAGCUGGUUGAAGAAGAAUGUUUUAAAGCAGAGCUUGUGCGAAUGUUGUUUACUGAAGACUAAAGGAAUCAAUCAUUGACAAAGAUCUUCAUCUCAAAUUACUGCAGUGUCCUUUCAAGGAAUCCUCCAUCUUUUUUCUUUUUUCUUUUUUUUAUGGUUAAUUAUCUUGACUAGAUAGAAGUAAAUGUUAUUAUAUUCUAGAUCCAAACAUUCCACAAAGUCUUGCAACAACAACAAAAUGUAUCUUUCAUUUUCAAAUAAACUUGAGUUUGAAAAGUC